CUCCAUUGACAACGAACGUAACGAUGGAGCUCAAGUCCAGGGCCGCCGCGUGCGCUCUCCUGCUCCUCCUGCUCGUCCUCACACACGGCGGCAGCAGCGACGUCGGCGGGAUGGUGGCGGUGGAGGCGCGGGUGUGCACCGGGAAGAGCCAGCAGCACUCCUUCCCCUGCAUCUCCGACCGCCUCUGCACCCGCAACUGCGUCAACGAGGGCGGCGGCUGGACCGCCGGCUACUGCCGCUGGAGGGUCUGCACCUGCCAGAAGGCAUGCUAGCUGAUCAUCACCAUCCACCUCGCCGGCCGGCCGGACGGCAGCGGUAGAUCGAUCACCAUCAGCUCGUCCGCUUCC